AAUCUGAUACUCUGAUCUCAUACACUGUUUUAUUGUAAAUUUUUAAUUAAUUGCAUAUUAGAUUUCUUCCACAAUGGCAUGGAAGGAUAUAAAAGAGAGUGGGAAGGGCAAUUUUCGAAGACAACUCUGUUGUGUUCUGUUAAUAUUGUUACAGUAUUUAUUUAUUCAUUUGUCUUCCUUAUUUUUCUGCACUGGCUGUUCCUGCAGUUGCCGUUGCAGGUUUUGCACCUUUCUCUCUCUUGAGACACCAUAGCAGAAUAAUGGAGCUCCAAACCCGGAGCAAUAAUGGCGAAAAAGCAAACACAGAAGAAGACAUCGACAGCAACUGCUCCACUCCCUACGUAAGUGCCCCUUCCAGUCCAGGCCGGGGACCAGUCGUUGGUGGAGGCUUCUUCUACAGUGCUCCGGCGAGUCCAAUGCACUUCACCAUAACAGCAGCUUCCACUUACUCACCCUCUUCCUCUUCCUUUGAGAAAAACUCCUCUUCCUGCGAGUUUGAGUUCUCGGCCCGGUUCAGUUUGACGGGUUUUAAUGGUUCAGCUUCAAUGAGUUCGGCAGAUGAGUUGUUCCUCAACGGGCAGAUCCGACCGAUGAAACUUUCGACCCACUUGGAGCGUCCGCAGGUUCUGGCCCCGUUGCUGGAUCUGGAAGAUGAAGAGAAAGUAGAAAACGAAGAUGUUGAAGCGCGUGUACGAGGUAGAGAUCUGAGGUUGCGGGACAAGUCUCUCCGGAGAAGGACCAGAUCCCUGUCACCUCUGAGGAACACGCCUCUGGAGUGGACAGAAAACGAGGAUGUGGUGAAUGAGGUAAAAACAGACAAGAAGGAAAACUUGACUCCUUCAAGUGGAACAGGGAGGAGUUCCAAGAGAUGGGUUUUUUUGAGAGAUUUUCUCAGAAGUAAAAGCGAAGGAAGAAGUAACAACAAGUUCUGGUCCACUAUCUCCUUCUCCCCAGCCAAAGAUAAAAAGGCCCAAAACCAGGGUAAUGGGCAGCCAAAGUCCAAGAAGGUGACAGAAAAGCCCACUAACGGUGUCGUCGGAAAGAGGCGCUUACCGGCAUCACCCCACGAGUUGCAUUACAAAGCUAACCGCGCCCAAGCGGAGGAGUUGAGAAGGAAAACAUUUUUGCCUUAUAGACAAGGCUUACUUGGGUGUUUAGGAUUUAGUUCCAAAGGAUAUGGUGCUAUGAGUGGCUUUGCCAGAGCCUUAAACCCUGUCUCUUCCAGGUAAACUUUCCUGUUCCUUUCAAUAUUUAUAUAUAAAAAAAAAGUUGUACAGAUAUCAUUAUUAUUUGUUCUUGUAUCGUUCUGGAAUGGCGUAGUUGAUUGUGGAAGUUUUGCGACCACCUCCUAUUGUUGUAUCUUACAUUUCACAAGAUUGAUGAAACUUGAGCUUUCUUCUAUCCAUGUGUUUGUAGAUGCUCAUAAACAGUGUACAAUAUUUCAUUGCUACUCACACACAGUACGUUGUCUUACUGUUUAUGCUUGCUGUGCAGCGUGCAGUAACUGAGUCUGAGUUUAUAUUCACACUCGCUGGUUCUAGUUUUGGAACUUGAUUUCAUCUAAGUUUUACUAUCUUGAGUGCAUGUUUUCUGCAGUUAGAUUAGACCUAAAUAAGGGUUACAGCGUUUGGGUUGUUGUAUGUUAUAUUAAUUAACAAUGUUAAGGGAUUCAAAAUGAAUUGAAAAUAUAUAAAAGGGAAUAAUGACAGAAUCCACGUGGUGUGGGAGGGUGUGAGGUGGGUUUAGGUAUGAGGCCCAUAGUAACAGUGUAAACACAGUUGGAAGAUGUUUCUAGUGUAGCUCUAAGGAGACCCACAAUUGAAAGAUGCUUAUGUUUGUUUGUAUCUUAGGUGUCCUAAACUUUUUGUUGCUUAUGCAAAUUGUAUAUCUGUCGGGACUCGGAGCAGGGCAAAUACAUGAAAUCACCAACUUUGCCCUUGGCUAGUUAUAAAUAAGAUGAAAUCCAUCUCUUAUGAAUCAGACCUAGUAAUGAAUUCUCAAUGAGUUUCUGAAAA